UAUUCUUUUUGUGUUUUUCAUGUCUUUACACACAAAAAGACAUUUAUUGUCGCUGGUUGUAAAGCUAUGUUUUUUUUUUUUUGCUAUUCAUGUUUGAAGCAUCUCCGUCAAGAUGAUGAGUAUAGCAGUACAGCAAGUCUCCUAAUUUGGUCUUUCAGAAUACUGCUGAGUCGCGGGGGAGGGGGCUCACUGAAGAGGCUUUACUUUGAUCGACACUGAAUGUCUGCGCUAAGCUUUUAGAAUCGCAGGCCGCGUCUUUUAUUCUUGGAUGUGACCAUUCUUUAACUGAAAAGAAAGUGAUAUUUGACACUUCCUGUACUAUCGUUAUCAAUACAUUUGCAUUUUUCUGGAAGGAGGAAAAAAAGUUUCAUGAACUGAGAAAGGAGUCUUUGGCAGAGGGAUCAAAGUAGUUGGACAAGGGGAAAGACCAUAAGGAGAAGACUCUGCUUUUUUCAACAUCAUCAGAUGAGCCAAAAGAAAAGGCUGAGAAAAAGGAGGUAAAAAAAAAAAGGCAUCCUUGAAAGCUUCCAUCUUUGCAGCCUGUUUAAAAGGUUGUUAUGCCCGAAGGUGGGAAGCAUCGAAAAAGUAAAUUCUCCCAUGCAGAGAAUGACAUCCUGCUACAGGCCCUCCGUCAGCAUGGUCGGCGGAUGCUUCGUCAUGACAGAUCUGACCGGGCCUUCCGUGCACGUGUCUGGCGGAAAGUUAUUGAUGACAUCGAUGCUGUCGGUGGCCACAAUCGGAAUUAUGAUCAAGUCCGAAGAAGGGCCACUGACAUGAUCGCUGCAGCACGUACUAGGGCAGCCCGCCUGGCAGAGCAGUGGAUGGCCACGGGAGGGGGUCAAACGACAGAACCACCUCUCACAGAGACUGAGGAGUUCCUGGCAUCUCUGCAUGGGGAUCCAGACAGUUCUGACAUCCAUAGCGGUGUGGUAGACAUCGGUGCUGAGUUGCACGUCUCACCGCGCAUACCUGUUGGUGAUGCCCCAGGAACAUCGGAAGUACAGGUCCAAAGGCCACCUCCCCCCCAAGGUGAAAAAACGCUACCAAAAAUGCUGUCUCGCAUGAAGGUUGUCAUCCGCCCGUGCACAUCUGUAUACCGCAGCGUGCACACAAAAGAAAAAGGAAAACCAUUAAUGCUUUCGCCAAGAACAAAUAAGGGUAUGGCAUUCACAUUGCUGGAGCGACAGAUACUUGGACUUCAGGGACUUCUUCCACCUAAAAUAGAGACGCAAGACAUUCAAGCUAUGCGUUUCCAUAGAAAUUUGGAAAAAAUGACUGAUCCCUUGGAAAAGUACAUUUACAUCAUGGGCAUUCAGGAGAGAAAUGAGAAGCUGUUUUAUCGUGUCUUAAAGGAUGACAUUGAAAGACUAAUGCCGGUAGUAUAUACACCAACAGUAGGCCUGGCAUGCACAAGAUAUGGACAGAUAUUCAGAAGACCUAAAGGAUUGUUUAUCUCUGUCUUGGAUAGAGGACAUGUUCGGUCGAUCCUGGAUAAUUGGCCAGAACCUGAUGUUAAGGCUGUUGUUGUAACUGAUGGCGAGAGAAUUCUUGGUCUUGGAGACUUGGGGGUUUAUGGAAUGGGAAUUCCUGUUGGAAAGCUAUGCCUGUACACAGCCUGUGGUGGUAUACGACCAGAAACCUGCCUUCCUGUCUGUAUUGACGUUGGAACAGACAAUGAAGAAUUGUUAAAAGAUCCUUUCUAUAUGGGCUUGUAUCAGAAACGUGAUCGCUCUUUGCUUUAUGAUGCUCUCAUAGACGAGUUUAUGGAAGCUGUUACAGACAAAUAUGGGCAGAACACGCUUAUACAGUUUGAAGAUUUUGGCAAUCAUAAUGCUUUCAGAUUUCUAAGGAAAUACAGAGAAAAGUAUUGUACAUUCAAUGAUGACAUUCAAGGUACAGCCUCUGUAGCAUUAGCUGGGUUGUUAACUGCUCAGAGAGCCAUAGGCAAACCUAUCACAGAACAUAAGAUGUUGUUCCUUGGUGCAGGAGAGGCCGCACUUGGAAUCGCAAAUUUAAUAGUAAUGGCAAUGAUGGAAAAUGGACUGUCUGUUGAAGAUGCCCGCAAAAAAAUCUGGAUGUUUGAUAAAGAUGGGUUGCUUGUUCGGGGGCGAAAACAAGGAGUUGAUGGGAACCAGGAGGCAUUUGCACAUGAAUCCCCCUCACAAACCGUAAAAAACUUUCUGGAUGCAGUGAAUGUACUUAAGCCCUCCGCUAUUAUCGGUGUGGCUGGUGCUGGCAGACUCUUUACCAAAGAAGUAAUAACUACAAUGGGUUCUCUUAACGAACGUCCAAUUAUUUUUGCUCUGAGUAACCCUACAGUGAAAGCAGAAUGUACAGCUGAAGAUGCUUACAUGCUGACACAGGGACGCUGUCUGUUUGCCUGCGGUAGUCCAUUUGAACCUGUAAUAUUAAACGAUGGCCGCACCUUCAAACCUGGACAGGGUAACAAUGCUUACAUUUUUCCAGGAGUCGCACUAGCAGUGAUCCUGAGCGGUGUGCGCCAUAUCAGUGAUAAGGUUUUCCUGGAAGCUGCAAAGGCAUUAGCUGAGCAGGUAACUGAAAAAGACUUGGAACAAGGGAGCUUAUACCCUGCUUUGUCUAACAUACGGGAGGUUUCCAUUCACAUUACAAUUAAGGUUGUACAGUUCGUAUAUGGGAAUGGCAUGGCUUUCCAUUAUCCUGAGCCUAUAAACAAGGAGCAAUAUGUCCGAUCCAAAGUGUGGUGUACUGAUUAUGAUUCAUUCCUACCAGAUAUAUAUGAAUGGCCAGAAUCUGCCUCAAAGCCACCCAGAGUUUAAUAAUGCAUUGUAUAUACGUUUACCUUACAAUCAGACACUUCUCUGUAAAUGAUUAUAUAAAUAAGACAUAUGUAACAAGGAACAGUUUACAUGUGCUCAUGUAAUAAUGAUGUGUGGAACUGUAUAAUUAGGGUGAUGUACAGAAAUUAAUGUUCAGUUUCUGCUGACACCACUGCAUUUGCACUCUGUUUCUUCGUGUAUCAUGGAUGAAUUACAGAGUGUACAGAUCAGAAUCUUGACAAUAGCUCUGAUAAUUUCAUCUUUUACUUAGUACAACAUUGUUUUGUUGUUGUUAUAAUCCACAAUUUACAGAGAUAGGUAUAGUUAUUCUAUGAGGAAUUAACACCCCAUUCAGGAAUAGUUUUCAGCCUUAUGCCUACUGAGUGCUGAUAGGCUUCAGCUCCUCUGUAACUCUGUAUUUGAUUAAAUGGAUUAGCAGAAAAUGAGUAAUCUACAACUUUUUUAGUAAUGUGAAAUAUGUAUAUAGAUGUAUGUCUGUAACCUCAGAGCAAUUGUUUUCCAGAUUACCUAUGUUUACCUAUGUAUAUUAGCAGUGUUUGUAAUAGUUUUGUGACUAUGCUUAAGUUUAAUUAUUUAGUAAUUUUAGAUCACUGUAUUUAAGAACAAAUACAUUGUUAGAGACUGUAUUUUCCUUCCUGACUGAGAAAUUUGUGAUAACAUCUGUACUUCGAAUAUCAUAUAACAAAAAUGCUUAUAUGUGUCUUAGAACAAGAAGAAUGAAAAGUUUUUUAGACUUGUUUGACCCAGUAAUAUGGAGUGAAAUUUUUGCACACCGACAUAUGAUUUUGUGGAAACCUUUGUCAGAUGCGUCCAGUUUUCUAAAAUACUUCUGGUUUGUGGAAAACUAGUUAGUGGUGACACAGAAGACAAAACAUUUUUUUAAGAGCACAUUAACAUGCGCUAUAACAUUCCAUAAGUAUACUGAAGGAAUUUGCUAAAGCUGUGGCUAUAUUAGGUUAUAACCCUCUUGAUUUUAAGAUUAUUUUCUGUAACUCCAUACUGCUACAUUUUUUUUGCAUCAUCUAUACUUAUGAAUAUGUAAUUAAUGUUGACGGAAGUUAAUGGCUUCUUUUGAUUUUAAGGGAAAGUUUGAAGCUGUUGUGUAAUAUAUUUGUCAUUUUCUUUUUUUUUUUUAUUUUCAUUAUCGUUUUUUAUCCGACAUUAUGGCCUUCACUGGUAAGUUCUAAACAUAGGCUUUCAAACAGACCCAGGUCAGCAUUGCCUUAUAGACCAUGUAGAGGUGACCUCUAUGUAACCUGUAAUACAGAGAAUAUAAUGACAAUUCUUGAA